GUGAUGAGCAUCCUGAGUAACCCCAGCGGCGUGCCCUCCCAGUCCCAGCAUGACUUCUCCAUCUCGCCCCUCCACGGCAGCCUGGAGUCCUCCAACUCCAUCUCGGCCAGCUGCAGCCAGCGCUCCUCAGACCAGUCCAUCAAGACGGUGGACAGCAUGGCCUCCUCCCAGUCCUACUGCCCACCCACCUACAGCACCACCAGCUACAGCGUGGACCCUGUUACCGCAGGCUACCAGUACAGCCAAUACGGACAGAGUAAGUAGUGGGUUACUAGGGGUAACGACAUACAGGGCUUUAGGAUAUAUGUAAUUUGAGAGACACCAUCACCUCUUCUGUUGUAGCGCAAGACAUGAAGUGCUUGACAGCUUUAGUCUUGUGCCAUUAAAAUGGCUAGGUGUGUAUGUAUGUAUGUGUGUGUGUGUUUGUGUACGCCUCUGUGGGUACACACCCAUCUAAUGGAAGAGGUUUGGAGUGUGUGUGGUUUGACUGGGUUUUAUUUAAGAUGUAUAGCUUGGGGUGACAGGAGAAAAUAGCUUCCCUUCGAGGGUGUGGAGUUAUACAGUGCCGUGAAAAAGUAUUUGCCCCCUUUCUGAUUUUCUCAAUUUUUGUUCAUAUUUUUGAUACUGAAUGUUAUCAGAUCUUCAAACAAAGCCUAAUAUUAGAUAAAGGGAACCUGAGCUUACAAAAAACACAAUCAAUUGAUACAAUUUAUUUAUUUAACUAACAAAGUUAUGCAACACCCAAUUCCCCUGUGUGAAAAAGUAAUUGCCCCCUUACAUUCAAUAACUGGUUGUGCCACAUUUAGCUGCAAUGACUGCAACCAAAUGCUUCCUGUAGUUGUUGAUCAGUCUCUAAUGUCGCUGUGGAGGAAUUUUCACCCACUCUUCCAUGCAGAACUACUGUAACAGCAACAUCUGUGGGUUUUCAAGCAUGAACUGCUCGUUUCAAGUCCUGCCACAACACCUCAAUUGGGAUUAGGUCUGGACUUUGACUAGGCCAUUCCAAAACUUCAAAUUGUUGCUUUUUAGCCAUUUUCAUGUAGACUUGAUUGUGUGUUUUGGAUCAUUGUCUUGCUGUAUGAAAACCAAACAGUACAUUCCAUGGUAAGAACCGCAUACCAACGGUCAAGCAUGGUGGUGGUAUUGUGAUGGUUUGGGGAUGCUUUACUGCCUCAGGACCUGGAUGUUCUACAUGGAAGAGUGGGCGAAUAUUCCUCCACAGCGACAUGAGAGACUGAUCAACAACUACAGGAAGCAUUUGGUUGCAGUCAUUGCAGCUAAAGGUGGCACAACCAGUUAUUGAGUGUAAGGGGGCAAUUACUUUUUUACUAAGGGGAAUCGGGUGUUGCAUAACUUUGUUAAUUAAAUAAAUAAAAUGAGUAUACAAUUUUUGUGUUAUUUGUAAACUCAGGUUCCCUUGAUCUAAUAUUAGGUUUAGGUUGAAGAUCUGAUAACAUUCAGUAUCAAAAAUAUGCAAAAAUAGAGAAAAUCAGAAAGGGGGCAAAUACUUUUUCACGGCACUGUAUGUCUCCCCCCGCUCCACACACACACACACACACACACACACACACACACACACACACACACACACACAUACACAAACACACGUGCAUGCACACACACACACACACACACACACAUCCCCCUCCCCAGCCGUCAGGGUGACUGACAGGUCGGCGGACGUCCUCCCCGCCCACAGGUGUGCCUCUCCUACCGUUACACCUCUACUCCUGACAGCUUCCUUUCUCUACUUACCGUCAGCCCCGUCAGCACCCCUGACAGCAGUCUGGCACAGUCUACAGUAAGACACACACACACACACACACACACACACACACACACACACACACACACACACUGUGCCCCUCUCCUGUCACACACCCUCCACUUCCUCCUCUUUCUACAAAAGAAGGGGUUCAAAUCACCUGCAGCGGGGAGGAGCAUCAAAAAGAGCGACAGACUAGACAUGUUUAUAAAAAAGAAGGAAAGACGUGCCAAUAAGCCCUAAUGCCAGCAUGCUAAUAUCCACCUUCAGCAGCCUGGCUGUCUGUGCCAUGUCUAAGGCUAUAUAAGCUGGCCUCCGGUUGGCUCCUUUGUUCGACUAUGACACAUGUCCUCCUAAUAUCAGUCAUUUGAAUUGGACACAACUCAAAAGAGCCAAUUGAGGCACGCACAUAAUAGACGGACAGAUAGACACAGACAUCAAUGCAGACGUGCACAUAGAAAAGACAGAAAGACAGAGCUACACACAAUCUAUUUCUACCUGAACCUUCCAUAAUGUUGUUCCCUACGUGGCCCAUCACUAGGAUAAAGGGUUAAAUGGAGGGCUUCCUUAGUCUUGCCCCCUUGUUCCUUCCUAGUUCUCCUGUCCUCUGUUUGUCCCCCUGACCCCCAGUCCUGCGGCCUAUUGGCUACACCUCUGCAUCAACCAAUCAGCCUCUCCUAAUGUCUUUUUAGCUUGUGUGGGGAAAUUGAAACAGUGUGAGGUGUGAGCUAGAUCAAUACCCAGCCCCUGGUUUGUCAUGGGGGAAUGUAGGUAGUUGGGGUUUGACCCCAUGACCCAGUGUCUGCCCGCAGGUGAGAGUAUACACGUGUUCCUGAUAAAGUUAUAUUCUAGUAAUCAGUCAGUCAAUUCAGGAGAGCAGAGAUCCGUCCAGUCACAGCAAUGCCUGGUUGGAUGACUGGCCGAACCCUGGGGGCUGGGUUAGUUAGUUAGUCACACCGUGGCCGUGUUGAACAGGAUGUGUGUUUUGAAUGGGAGACACACAUGCACACACAGACAAAUGUUUGUCUUUGUAACACACACGUACACACGCACGUACACACAAACGGGUAGCAAAGGGUAGAGAAACCAUUUUCAGGCUGGGAACCAAAUAAAGCCCCAGGUUGCUGUUAAAUACAGUACAUGUGCCAAAUGUAUUUGUAAAAAUCUCUAUAAAACACAGUAGGCUAAGUAUGUGUGUAUUUGUCCUAUGCUUCCAUCUGCAGCUGCUGUGGACUACCUGGCGAAGAACGUGAGCCUGUCCAGCCAGCGGAGGAUGAAGCUGGGAGACCACUCAGCUGUCCUGGGACUGCUCCAGGUGGAGACGGGACAGGCCUACUAG